ACAUAAAGAAAAUAUGAUGCCUGUGGUUCAUUUAUGAAUUCUCAACAAGGAAUUCUGCCGUUUUACUUUUUCAAAGCGGUCGGGGACAAUAAAUAAUCCCAACGAUCACAAAUUCUGCUUUUGCCAUGGAUGAAGUGCCGGACUAUUUCUUACCCAUGCGCAGUCUUCCAAAGGUGUGAAAACCUGCAGGUGUUCUGUUGCACAGAAGUGGAGAUAAUUAACACGAAUGAUUACAGCCCGAUCUCUUAAACCCUUCAGUCUGAGAAACACCCUCGAGCCACCAGAUUAAGUGCAGGUGACUGCCUGACAGGAGUUACUGAGGGAACAAAAGAUGGAAAGUGGAGCGUUGUCACCUUAAGAGACAUAAACCGGAGGAUCCCCAGACGCUGAAAUGUCAUCGACAGUGCAACAAGCAGUUUCAGAGCUCUCUGUCCCGGUCCCAUGGGGAGAGAUCAGAGGGAAGGUUUGGGGUCCUGAUCACGGUCGUCCUGUGCUUUGCCUGCACGGCUGGGCUGACAACUGUGGCACAUUCAACACCCUCAUUCCCCUUCUACCCAAAGAGUGCAGAUAUGUGGCGGUGGACCUGGCAGGUCACGGUUUGUCCUCCCAUCGUCCUCCUGGAGUUUUUUACACAUUACCUUUAAACGUGGCGGACGUACGCAGAAUCGUUGAUGAUCUCCAGUGGAAAACAUUCUCCAUCAUAGGCCACAGUCUGGGUGGCAACAUUGCUGCAAUGUUCAGUGCACUGUACCCUGAGAUGGUAGAUGUCUUUGUACUGCUGGACUCGUAUGGAUUCUUCCCUAUAGAUCAAAAUGAAAUAUCCAAAGUGAUGCGGCAGGGGAUGGAUGAGAUGCUGCAGUAUGAAAAAAAGCCAGAAGAGAAGAAAAGAGUUUACACUUAUGAGAAGGCAGUUGAGAGGUUGUUAGCUGCAAACCCGACUCUGUCUGAACAGUCGGUGCACAUCCUUUUAGAGCGAGGUCUGGUUCAAGUUGAAGGAGCAGGAUUUGUGUUCUCCAGAGACCUGCGAGUUAAUUUUAAAAAUAUAAUGCGCAUCAGUUUGGAGCAGAGUCUGGAGAUGCAGUCGAGGAUUCAAGCCUCUGUUCUAGUCGUUCUAGCGGACAAAGGCUUUGGUGCAAAAACUGAUCCAGAACCAUACCCACAGAAAUUUGCCACCGUACUUGUCAAAGAAUAUCGUGACAAAAAUCACACGGUGGUUAUGGUACCAGGCGAUCACCACGUCCAUCUGAAUGAUCCGGAACUUGUCGCUCCACUUGUUUCUGACUUCCUGCGGACGAAAGUGCUCUCACAGCAGCUGUGGGCAUAGUACGCACACACACGCAGGCAGACAGGCAGGCAGACACACAGACACAGACAGACAGACAGACACACAGACACACAGACACACAGACAC